CCCGCGCCAGCCCUCGGCCGCCGCGCUGGGAACCCGGCUCUGCGCGUCCCGGAGGCUGGCGGCGCGGCGGGCGGGGACGGCAGGCUGGGGACGGCAGGCUGGGGCCGGCGGCUAGGGGCGGCCGUGCACAGCAUGGGCGGCCCGCGGGCCUGGGCGCUGCUCUGCCUCGGACUGCUGUUCCCGGGAGGCGGCGCCGCUUGGUCCGUCGGAGGCUCCCCAUUUUCUGGACGCAGAAACUGGUGCUCGUAUGUGGUAACCCGUACCAUCUCUUGCCAUGUGCAAAAUGGAACUUACCUUCAGCGAGUCCUGCAGAACUGCCCCUGGCCCAUGAGCUGCCCAGGGAGCAGCUACAGAACUGUGGUGAGACCCACAUACAAGGUGAUGUACAAGACAGUGACCACCCGUGAGUGGAGAUGUUGCCCUGGACACUCAGGAGUGAGCUGUGAGGAAGUUGCAGCCUCCUCUGGCUUCGUAGAGCCCAUGUGGUCAGGCAGCACCAUGCGGCGGAUGGCGCUUCGGCCCACAGCCUUCUCAGGUUGUCUCAACUGCAGCAAAGUGACAGAGCUGGCUGAGCGACUGAAGGCACUAGAGGCCAAGGUGGCCAUACUGACUGUCACUGAGCAAGCAGUGCCCCCAACCCUACCUACCCCUGAAGACCCUGCCCCACUCUGGGGCUUCCCGGCUGCCCAGGGCAGCCCUGGAGAUAGAGGCCUCCAGGGGCUACCAGGAGCCAGAGAGACAGUGAGGGCCCCACUGCUCCCUCGAGAUGACCGAGUGGGUAUGCGGGGGCUGCCUGGCCCCAUCGGUCCCAAAGGAGAUGCUGGUAGCCAGGGCCCCGCAGGAAUGAGAGGCCCACCAGGUCCACAGGGCCCACCAGGAAACCCUGGCCAGGCUGGAGCUGCAGGCAUCCCUGGAGAGAGGGGACCUCCAGGCCCACCAGGGCCUCCUGGCCCCCCAGGCCCUCCAGCCCCUGUUGGGCCACCUUAUGCCCAGAUUUCCCAGCAUGGGGACUCAUUAUUGUCUAACACUUUCACUGAGAGCAGCAGCCACUGGCCUCAGGGACUCACUGGGUCCCCAGGUCCCCCUGGCCCUCCAGGACCCAUGGGUCCCCCUGGACCUCCUGGCCCCACAGGGGUACCCGGGAGUCCUGGACACAUGGGACCCCCAGGCCCUACUGGACCCAAAGGAAUCCCAGGCCACCCAGGACAAAAGGGCGAAAGAGGAGCUCAUGGGGAGCCUGGCCCCCAAGGCCUCACAGGGCAGCAGGGAGAACCCGGCCCCAAAGGAGACCCUGGUGAGAAGAGCCACUGGUGUUGAGGAUCAAACCCACAGCCUCAUGGUAAACACAUGCUUUACCACUGAGCUACACCCCUGGCCCCAAAGCUGUUUUUUAAAUCCACGCUCUGAUUGAGGUUGACCUGUUGCAUUUGGUUGUCAUGUCUCUGUUAUCUUUUAGUCUAAAAUAAACUUUCUGCCCUUUUCUUCUUUUUUCUUUUCUUGACCUUUUUUCCCCCUGUCCUGAAGAUUGAAUCCGGAGCCUCACCUUAAGCUACAUCACAGCUCUUCUUCCAUUUUUUCAUUUUGUGAUAGUGUGUCACUAAAUCUUCAGAUUAUCCAGGCUGGGGCCCAAACUCAAUCCUCUUGACUCAGCCUUUGAGAGUGCUGAGAUUAUAGUUGUGCACCAUCAUACCCAGCUUUGACUUUGUCUUUUUUUAGUUGCUUAUUUGUUGUUAUUUUUUUGUUGUUAUGAAACAAGAUCUCACUGUAUCCCAACUUGCCUUGAGUUCACUAAAUAGGCUAGGCUUGCCUUGAACUCACAGUGAUCCUCCUGUCUCAGCCUUCCAAGUGCUAAAUUAUAAGCACGCACAAGCACGCCUGACUUUGUCUUUUAGUGAAUGUCUUAAUCUAGAUAUGUUGAUUUCUUCACAGUGAGAUGCAGUGCAGGUGAAGUAAUUGGUAGGAGCACUUGUGGAAGCAGUGCCCAUCAAGGUGCUCAGGUGUCAGUUUAUCCACUGUCUGUGCUAAGAAUAGCUUAAUGACAAUUUUGCAGGACACUCAUUUUUAGAUCCUGUUCCUGUGAUACUUAGAGAGGGGUUGCAUUGACAACCCCUUGUAACCCCUGGUAACCCUGGAAAAUGGCCGCAACGGUGGCAUGGGGAUAGCCUAAUCUAUAUGAUGUGACAUGACAGCUGGAUAAGGGACAACCCCAGGAAGUAGCUUACUCAUAAUGGAAAUGUUAGGAGGUCUCUGAGUUAAUUAGAUGUUUUUAGGAAGAACAGCUACUUUAAAGGUUGGAUUAUAAAACAGUGUGAUGGCACGUCCUUCUAAUUCUAGUGCUUGGGAGGCUGAGGCAGGAGGAUCACUGAGUUCAAAGCCACCCUGGGCUCCAUAGUGAGUUCCCGGUCAGCUUGAACCAUAUAAUAAAUCCUUGCCUCAAAAAAGACCAAAAAAAGUUGGAUUAUAAUUAUACAAUGUGCAUGUUAGACAUUCCUUUACUUAAUACAGUUCAAGUAAAGGAUUCCAAGAGACAAUACUAAUGUUGUCAGAAAUGGCAUAGUUCUCAUCCUGGGCUCUGCUGAAACUGAGAUACCUGCAUUCUAAAAAUCACUUUUUUUUCAUCUGAGCAAGAGGAAGGAGUGAGGAAGCGUGGCAAGGGCUGAGGCUCCGUGGAGAAGGAAAGGACAGACUGGGAGGAAGUCAGCGUGCUCACUGGCUGUUUAAGACUCUGACAGUAACUACCUCCACUUGUAGGGUGGGGAGCCUAAAAGCCAGGAAGCCCUAGAGAAAGAGUUUUGAGGCCACUGCUACAUCUGUGAAGGCUGGGAGGGACAGGCCUGAGAAGCAGAGGAGCAGACCAACACUGCUUAGGGGACAGUUCUGAGGGUGGGCACCAGGAUGUGCCAGAGUGUCAGAGCCCUGACAGGAUUGAGCACUUUUUGGGAAGGGGUUCUGGACCACAGCCACAGAUUUUUUUGCGAGGGAA